GUCACCCACUAAGCUUGAUUUCGGUUAGCCCUUUAUAAAAUUGGUUUGCAUGAUGAACUAGUUAUUGAUGAUGCUAUCUGAUUAUAGCAACGGGAACGGACCCACCCCCACAGGAUUCUACUCUUGAUAACGUGACAUCACAUUCUCAACAAGUCACCUCAAGUAAAAGUCGUAACAAUGGGUUCUCAAAUUCCUACGUGACGGACGCUGACAUUUGGAAGAAAACGUUGGAAGCACACAAUGAACAUGAAAAGUUUCUGGAAAAAAUUGGACUUUCCACGACCACAACUUCCUUAAAAAAUGCUCGUUUCCUAAACUCUGGGAAACCCCCAAGUUUUGCUCUAAUUUCUACUGCAGGAUCAAGAAAUCGAUCUAAUUUGAAGACGCCAACAGUUUUUGCGACAAAAUCUGUCGUGGAUGGUUCCAAAGAUAAUAUUUCCGCUUCCUUGGACACAAGCAAACUUUUCCAAGAAUUUUAUGCCAGUACUAAAACCCGGACAUUUAACAAUCUCGCAGAAAACACGACGGCUCUUUGGCGCAGUGGUGUGGAUGGGUUUCAACAUCCAAUCGACAUCAGGAGAAACAUUGCCUUCCGUACAUUCCACUUGACCGGAGGCGAACCCCCCAAAACCCCACCCCACGUUGCAUCCGAAGAAUUAACCCCCAUCCGAUCUGGAACAACGCGAACAUUAUUUCACAACAAGAAACGAAAAAAAUUCAACUUCCGAGGCACCGAUGCCAUGUUUGCUUUUGACAACCCAUUCGAAACUAAGAAAGAAAUUCAUCCAACGACCGACUAUUCAAACGUCACUCCAAGAAUUGACACUGGUCUGAGUCAAAUACGUCAAGUGGGAAAAUUCACUUCGACCGGUCUCCCCGUUUUGGACGACACUCAUCACCCUCUCACAAUUGGGUCUCGUUUCAAACCCUUCAACUACGACAACUACCGAGCCAAACGGCAAAGCAGGAUAAACGACGUGACGAAUCGACUCUACAAUAACUUGGGCUCGAUCAAACACAUUCGCCACUUGUACAGUCCUGCGAGUCAGCAGCAUCACGGACUUAUGCAGAUGAUGCCGCCCGGAAUUGGGGGAAAAGAUCGUACUGAGAUUAAAGUACUUCCCCCAGCCGCGGCGACCGCGACGCCCAUUCCGUCCUCAAAUGUGGGCGUCAAGCCGGCGGUGGUGGCAGCGGCGUCGCCAUUUCGAGCACCAGGAGGAGGAGGAACUCAAUCAGAUCAUAGGCCUCACCACGCAUUUCAAGCAACGGUGACAUCUCGUUAUGCGCAAAAUAGAGGAAGUGGCUACGGUUCGAUGGGUCAGAAUAAAUUCGGUGCCCCUAACAGUACCGCCCCCACCACCAUCACGACUGGGAAGAAGUACAGACCGUCACAACUCCUACCGAUCCACAUUCCAGGACCUAAACAUGAAAAUAUAUAUAUUGGAACUUACACUGAAGAAGUGGAGAGAGAAAGUGGGAAAAAUACGAGGGAAUCAGGCGUGCCUAUGAAAUCCAGGAAACGGUAGAAUUGGUUAAUUAUAAA